AUGUCAAAAAAUAUGUCCGCACAGCAACCGGACAAAGAUCUGGAUUGUUAUAAACCUUAUACUCUUUUCUUUUUUCUUAUUCUUCUCACGUUCCUCCCUCUCACGUCACAUUUACCCUUUUUUUUCGACUCUUUCCCUAAACCUUUAUUCUCUUCUAUAGCUGAUCUCUCUCUCUCGUUCCCUCUUUCUUUCUUUCUUUCUUUCUUUCUUUCUUUCUUUCUUUCUUUCUUUCUUUUGGUCUUUCUUACUUUGUUUUCCUUUUUCUUUCUUUCUUUCUUUCUUUCUUUCUUUCUUUCUUUCUUUAUUUAUUUAUUUUCUUUCUGUUCUUUUCUUUUUCUUUUCUUUCUUUUCUUUCUUUUCUUCCCUUUCUUUUCUUUUUCAUACUUCCUUUUUCUUUUUCCUUUUAUUUCUUUAAUUCUCCCUUUUCUUUCUUUCUUUCUUUAUUUAUUUUUUUUUUUUUCUUUCUUUCUUUUUCUUCUUUCUUUUUUCUUUUCUUUCUUUUCUUCUUUUCAUUUUUUUUCUUUCUUCUGUUUAUUUAGGCAGCUUAUACUUUCUUUAAUAUUUUUUACGCAACUUUUUCUUUCCUUUCUUUCUUUCUUUCUUCUUUUCUUUCUUUCUUUCUUUCUUUCUUUUUUCUUUCUUAUUUCUACUCUUUCUUUCUUUCUUUCUUUCUUUCUUUCUUUCUUUCUUUCUUUCUUUCUUUCUUUCUUUUCCUUCACUUAUAAUUUAAUUUUCCCUAAGUUGAUUAUUCUUUCUUUCUUUUUUCUUUCUUUUUCUUUCUUUUUCUUUCUUCGCCAUUUCCAUCACCGUCAUAGACGCCACCGUUAUGGGCUGUCAUCGACGUUUAUCACACUGACGACGUCGCCGAUGUCUCCACCACUGUCCAUGACGUCGACCGUGAACAGCACGACUGUCACCCUGUGCCGCUGUAACCGGAGCCGGCGCUCACACCGAAUACGACAACGUCGACAACGCCUCCAUCAACGUCGUCACGGCGUCUUUCUCGCUCUUUCCACCCGAACACCGUCAUCAACGUCACCAGCGUCCGGAUCCCACGUUCAAUUUGCUCACUCGCCCAUCUCUUCCUUCAAAUCUACAAACAUUCUUCGCUUUCUUCACGACUUCUUUUAUUCAUUGUAA